GCCGCUGUCAACCAGGAAAUCCCUCCCCACUUUCCUAGCUUAUUUCCCGCGUGACAUGCUUGCAGGACGAGUUGAGCAAGACUUACAGUUGGAAGUUUCAGCAGCAGCAAAGCCUUACACCCUGUCACCAUGUCUGAAGCAUUUAAGAAAGCAGCAGAGGAGGUGAAGGUCUUGAGACAAAAGCCAGAUUCAGGAGAAAUGAGUGCAAUUUAUGGUUUGUAUAAACAAGCCACUGCUGGAGACGUGAACACGGAACGACCAGGGAUAUUCGAUCUUACAGGAAAAGCAAAAUGGGAUGCAUGGAACGCAAAGAAAGGUUUAUCCAAAGAAGAAGCAAUGGCAGCUUAUGUGAAGUUGGUGGAAAAGCUAAAAGAGAAAUAUGGAAUAUAGAGUCUUAAGAAAUACAACAAUAAAGAAAUGCAUAAGAAAAA